GUCCAACAUCGUUCAUCAUCUCGCCAGCCAGCCUCGAGACACGGACCCAAGAGCAAGAUUCGAACCCAACCCCCAUCAACGCCACAAUGCGCUCGUCCAUCUUCCGCACCGUCGCCGCCGCGGCCCUAUGCCUGGUGUUCCAGGUCGCGGCCGGCGCUCUCUCGCUAGAGGACCCCGACAUGGGCAGGGGGUGCGGCUUCAAGAUCGCGCCCUGUGAGGCGGGGAGCACCUGCUCGGCCCUGGACCCGGCCUGCCCGGCGACGCGGCACGAGAACUGCCAGGGCGUGUGCCGCCCCGUCAAGACGCUGCCGCCACCGGGCACCAACACCCUCGGCCCCAUCGAUCGCCACACCCGCACGACCCGCACGGCCAAGAAGCCCACCACUCCUGCCAUGACCACGACGAAGAAGCCCACGUCCCCCGCCACCCCGACAAGGAAGCCAACCUCGCGCACCACCAAGAAGCCCACCAUCACCACCACCACCGCCACCACCACCAAGAAGCCCGCCACUACAAAGAAGCCGACCUCUCGCACCCGCACAACCCGCCGCCCGCCGCCGCGGCCGACGGUCACGCCGCCCAAGUACGAGGACUGCGGCGGCAAGCGCGUGGUGCCCAAGGACUGCCCCGCGGGCCACGUGUGCGUCGACGACCCGCGCCGGGGCGGCGGCUGCGGCAUGGCCUGCGACGCCCCCGGCAUCUGCGUGCGGCCCACGACGCCGUGCUCCGGGCUCGCGGGCGUCAUUUGUCCCGCCGGCAAGAUGUGCGUCGACGACCCGCGCGACGACUGCUGGACGUCCAACGGCGGCAGGGACUGCAGUGGCAUCUGCGUGUGAGGAGGGGGGGGAGGGGGCUAGCGUGUUAAUUCUCUGGAGAC